GCCGCAGCUGGUCUUCUGCUCCGGAGGCGACGGACACAGCCUAGGGAGGUGGCGGGGGUGUUCAUCCUAGCGGGGUGGCCGCGCUGUGGCCAGGAGGCAACGCGAUAACGCCUGGGAAGCGGUCUCAGGCCUGUUCUUGCUUUUUUCCUCCGGACAGUAGCCCAGCACGCCCUAUUUCCUUCUGCACAGACCGCGACGCCCCUUCCCGCACCGGGCCGCGGUGCCUGCCCGCCUGAAAGGCGCCGCCCGCGGGCCCGAGCGAACCUGGAGCUACCACCGCCGUGCCCGCCGCGCUUCUCGCGAAGCCUGGGCGGCCGGCGGGGCCUGGGGCCUGGACGCCGGGAACGGCUCUGCGUCGGCCGCUCCUUCCCGCUCUGGGCCCCGGGCCUGGCGGGGCCAAGCGCCGCGCCCUCCUGACCGGCCGCCGCGGGAGCCCGGCCGCGGCCCGGCCAUCCCCAAUCGCUUCCCGGGAGCGCCGCCCCUGCGGCCCGGACCCAUCUUCCUCCGUGAACCUGAAUUAUUUUUUUGGCCUCCCUUCUCCACGUUGAGAUUACGGUGCUGGAAGGCCGACCCCGCCACUUCGGUCAGUGCUCCCCGCCGGAGGAAACGUCCCUCGUUUUGUUCUUCCCGGCGGGCUCUCCUUGCACCUCUCUUAUUUGGGUUUUUAACUGAUGGAUUUUUUUUAGUUUUUCCCUUUAUUUUUCUCUCCUUGAGUGGAAGGCCCCGCAGGGGGGCUACGAGGCUCCCCGCCCCUGCCCCCCCUGGUCUUCCCCGCACCCCCGCACGAAUACCCAAUCCACCUGCCUCCUCCGGGCUGGGCAGUGACGGCGGCCAGGGCCGGACCACACGCCGAGCUAGUGCCCUCGCCCAGGCUGGCGUAAAUACACGCUCCCCCUGCCCUCCUCUUUUUCGUAUUCUGAGCUCUGGAAAGAGAGAAGACGCAGGGGAAGAUGUGGCUGAAGCUUUUUUUCUUGCUUCUCUAUUUUCUGGUCCUCUUCGUCCUGGCCAGGUUUUUUGAGGCCAUUGUGUGGUAUGAAACUGGCAUCUUUGCCACCCAGCUGGUGGAUCCGGUGGCCCUGAGCUUCAAGAAGCUGAAGACCAUUCUGGAGUGCCGGGGGCUGGGAUAUUCUGGGCUGCCCGAGAAGAAGGAUGUCCGGGAGCUGGUGGAAAAGUCGGGUGACUUGAUGGAAGGUGAGCUCUAUUCUGCACUCAAGGAAGAGGAAGCAUCUGAAUCAGUUUCUAGUACCAAUUUCAGUGGUGAAAUGCACUUCUAUGAACUUGUAGAAGACACAAAAGAUGGCAUCUGGCUGGUUCAGGUCAAUGAAUGGUCCUUGAAGAUAAGAAAGGAAAUGAGAGUUGUUGACAGGCAAAUAAGAGAUAUCCAGAGAGAAGAAGAAAAAGUGAAACGAUCUGUGAAAGAUGCUGCCAAGAAGGGUCAGAAGGAUGUCUGUGUGGUCCUGGCCAAGGAGAUGAUCAGGUCAAGGAAGGCCGUGAGCAAGCUGUAUGCAUCCAAAGCUCACAUGAACUCCGUGCUCAUGGGGAUGAAGAACCAGCUGGCGGUUUUGCGUGUGGCUGGUUCCCUGCAGAAGAGCACAGAAGUGAUGAAGGCCAUGCAGAGUCUUGUGAAGAUCCCAGAAAUCCAGGCCACGAUGCGGGAGCUCUCCAAAGAGAUGAUGAAGGCUGGGAUCAUAGAAGAGAUGUUAGAGGACACUUUUGAAAGCAUGGACGAUCAGGAAGAAAUGGAAGAAGCAGCAGAAAUGGAAAUUGACAAAAUUCUGUUUGAAAUUACAGCAGGGGCCUUGGGCAAAGCACCCAGUAAAGUGACCGACGCCCUUCCGGAGCCUGAACCUCCAGGGGCGAUGGCCGCAUCAGAAGAGGAGGAGGAGGAAGAGGAGGCUCUGGAGGCCAUGCAGUCCCGGCUGGCCACGCUCCGCAGCUAGGGGGCCACCCAGCUGGGCCCUUGGGCCCUUUUCACGGCGCACCCACCGGGUAUGCACACACUCCUCUGAAGCAGCUGCUAUUUAUGUGUCUCUUGCACUACACCUCUGGGUAUGAGGCACUGCAUUGUAGAGAGUGCUCUGCUAGUAUCUCUAUACUCUCUGCAGAAGUUUUGGGAUCUCAACAUGAUUAUUCUUAAGAGGUGGUAUAAUAAAUGCAUUAUUUUCAGGAGUAUAAACAAGUGUCUUUUUGGGGGAAGGGCAAAGUAAUCUAUCUGUCUUCUCACAAAGCCUUUCUGAGAAUAGCUUUGAUUGCCUGAAUGUUGAGGACUGUACAUUUGUGUGUGUGUGUGUGUGUGUGUGUGUGUAUAUAAAACACUGUAUAAAUGGAUUUUAAUAAAUGUUUGCUUUAACAUUUGGUCUCAUUGUAGAUUGUCACAUGCAGGAACUUUCAAGGUGCUUGCUGUUCCAAAUUAUUUCAUAUGUUGGCCUUGGGAAGAGAGGAGGUGCUAUAGCCAGGCAUGGGACUUAUAGGCUCCCCAAAGGCUGUGGGCGCUGCUCCCUAGCCUUCACAGACAUGGUGUAGGAACGACUCUUUUGCUCUUGGUCAUCUGUUUAACCAACAGGUGUUUGGAAAUCUUACAUUGUUGGCUGGAUGGCUGUAUUAUGUCCUGAGCUAUGUGUGCAUAGCUGUCCUUCCUAUGCCCAAAGCAGACAGCUGUCAGAUAGGGCUCUUCCACCCUCUGAGAACCUUUACCUGCUUUGAGCUGGUUCUCUUGGAUGCAUGGGAUAGAGGCCCAUACAUCAGUGCUUCAGCAAAGCCAGGAACCAACCAGUGAGAACUGUGUGGUCAUGCAUUAUAAACAACUCUCACGCAUCUGACACAUUCUUAUACUACAUGUAUAAAUAAUUCAGCAGUAGCAAUUUAUAUUUGGGUGUAUUUGACAAUUUAUAAAGGUCUUUGACAUAUGUGAUCUCAAGUGUUCUCAAAACAGCUCAGCUAGCUAAAGUGACAUGUCCUAAUGAGUCAGGAAGUGGCAGAGCUAGAGUUUAACCCAGAUCCUUCUGGUCUAAGUCCUGUAUGCACUAAUUAAUCAGGCAGGAAACAGCCCAACCGCUCUCUCACAGGUUGGUUUCUGUAGAGAAAUUCUGAUGUCUCAGAUGUUGCUGCAAUGAUUUCCUUCCACUCUAAUCAUGCCAAAUGGCAAUCUUGAAUCCAGAGGAAUAGCCUGUUACUACUGAAUUCAUCUUAAGGAGAUAGUUUUUAAGUAAACACGAUUUUUUACAGCAGUUUUAGGUUCACAUAACAGCUGAGCAGAAAAUACCAAAAAAUACCUCUUAGUUUGGCAAAUGUAGUCUCCCCAACUUGUGUUGACACCCCAUACCGCAGAAAUACAUUUGUCACUGGAAUCAUACAAUAUGUAGCACUGAAACACUGGCUUCUUUCACUUAAUAACAUGCAUGUAAGUUUCCUCCAGGUCUUUUAUGACUUAAUAGUUCAUUUCUCUUUAGUGCUGAAUAAUAUUCCACUGUCUGGAUGUACCAUUGUUUAUUCACCUCCUGAAAGACACCUUUGUUGCACCCAAGUUUUGGCAAUUAUGAAUAAAGCUGUAAAUGUGUGCAGGUCUUUCUCAAGUUUUUUGGGUAACAACCAAGGACACAAUUACUGGAUUGUAAGAGUAUGUUGUCUAGUUUUGUAAGAAACUGCCAUACUCUUCCAAAAUGGCUCUACCAUUUUGCAUUCCCAGAAAAUAAAGUAUGAGAAUUCCUACUGCUUCAUUUUCACUA